UCCAUCUCAUAGAGAGUGUGUGUGUGUGUGUGUGUGUGUGUGUGUGUGUGUGUGUGUGUGUGUGUGUGUGUGUGUGUGUGUGUGUGUGUGUGUGUGUGUGUGUGUGUGUGUGUGUGUGUGUGUGUGUGAGUGAGUGACUGCGUGUGUGUGUCUCCCUCAGCGCUGAGCUGUGUCCUUGUCCCUGCCUCCUGGCAGCAAGGAGCCACCCAGCAGCCGGUCUGUGAUUGGGCAGGGGAGUGGGGUUCUUGACACAGCGCGGUGCUGACUGCUCCGGGACGUGUUUCAACAGAUGGUCGAGGUUAGAGAGUGUCAUCACAUCGGAGAGAGGAUUAGAGGAGAGAGGUUGUCUUCCAGGAGCUGUGUGGUCCCCCUGGUCUUCAACCCAAAAUCCCAGCACCAAGACACAAACCCCCUCUAUGAGGGAAGGGAGACCCGGUGAAGAAACGCGAGAAGAAAACACAGAGAGGAAUCCUAGCCUUGCCUCUUACUCUGCUCUCCUGCCUUUCAGUCGACCACAGCUGUGAGAACUGCACGGGUGUGAGUGAGUGGCCUGGCUGGACCUCGUCUCCCUCCCUUCAUCUCUCCAUUAAUCCUCCCAUCUACCCAUCCCGUCUCUUGUCGUCUCAGGCACCAUGCUGAUACAGUGGCUGGCUUGGUUGGCCCUGCUGUCUCUGGACUGGGCUCCAGGCAGCUGGGCCUUCAUCACCACCAGGGCUCAGGGCCUGAGGGGUCGCAUCCAGAGAGACCGCAGAAACAUCCGGCCCAACAUUAUCCUCAUCAUGACUGACGACCAGGAUGUUGAGUUGGGUUCUCUACAGGUAAUGAAUAAAACCCGCAAGAUAAUGGAAGAUGGAGGCACAAGUUUCACCAAUGCCUUUGUCACCACACCCAUGUGCUGCCCGUCAAGGUCCUCCAUGCUGACGGGCAAGUACGUCCACAACCACAACACCUACACCAACAACGAGAACUGCUCCUCCCCUUCCUGGCAAGCUCAGCAUGAGCCACGCUCAUUCGCUGUCUAUCUCAACAACACCGGCUACAGGACAGCCUUCUUCGGCAAGUACCUCAACGAGUACAAUGGCAGCUACAUCCCACCUGGGUGGCGCGAAUGGGUUGGAUUGAUAAAAAAUUCCCGCUUCUAUAAUUACACUGUCUGUCGGAAUGGUUACAAGGAGAAACACGGUGCCGAUUAUUCCAAGGACUAUUUCACAGAUCUGAUCACCAAUGACAGCAUCAACUUUUUCCGCGUUUCCAAGCGGAUGUACCCUCACCGUCCUGUGAUGAUGGUCAUCAGUCACGCUGCUCCUCAUGGCCCAGAGGACUCGGCUCCACAGUACGCCGAGCACUUCCCAAAUGCUUCACAGCAUAUCACCCCCAGCUACAACUAUGCCCCAAAUAUGGACAAACACUGGAUCAUGCAGUAUACAGGCCCCAUGAGACCCAUCCACAUGGAAUUCACCAACUUCCUGCAUCGGAAGAGGCUGCAGACACUCAUGUCUGUGGAUGACUCAGUGCAGAAGGUGUAUGAAAUGCUGGAGGAAACUGGAGAGCUGGAUAACACUUACAUCAUCUAUACAGCAGACCAUGGCUACCACAUUGGUCAGUUUGGAUUGGUCAAAGGCAAGUCAAUGCCUUAUGACUUUGACAUCCGUGUGCCAUUCUUCCUGAGAGGGCCCAAUGUAGAACCAGGAGCAGUAAAUCCUCAUCUGGUGUUGAACAUUGACCUAGCUCCCACGAUCCUUCACAUUGCUGGGCUGGACACCCCUCCAGACAUGGAUGGAAAGUCCAUCCUUAAGCUGCUGGAACAAGAAAGGACUGGCAAUAGAUUCAAACCCAACCGGAAACCCAAAGUCUGGAGGGACACAUUCCUGGUGGAGCGAGGAAAGAUCCUGAGAAAGAAGGAUGACUCAGUGAACACUCAGCACACCAACAGCCUUCCCAAAUACAAGAAGGUCAAAGAGACUUGCCAGCAGGCGGAAUUCCAGACACCCUGCGAACAGCCUGGACAGAAGUGGCAUUGUGUAGAGGAGAUCACAGGGAAAUGGAGGAUACAGAAGUGUAAAGGCGGUUCAAAAGAAGGCUCCAGGAAGAGGGCCCGUAGCCUGAGGCCCCGUAGCAGUUACGACAACAGAGAGAGGGUCUGUGACUGUGGGGACGCUGGCUUUAAACCCUCCAGAUCGGACCGCCGCUCCCAACGACAGCUCUCAUCUGGCCAGCGUUAUCGGCCACGUUUUGUCCACACCCGGCCAACCAGGUCUCUGUCUGUGGAGUUUGAAGGUCAGAUAUAUGACAUUGACCUUCAAGCAGAUGAUCAGUCAGCUGUCCGCCGCCGUGUCAUCUCAAAGCGUCACUACACCCCCGAGGGCACAGAGUUUGAUUUGGGCUCAGAUGAUGGUUCAGAAGAAAUGCUGGCAGAUGACACCAAUGCUGUGGGAUACGCAAACUCUGUGAAAGUUACCCACAAGUGUUUUAUUUUGGUGAAUGACAGUGUCCAUUGUGAAAGAGAAAUCUACCAGUCCUCCAGAGCUUGGAAAGACCACAAGAGCUAUGUGGACCAGGAGAUUGAAGCACUUCAAGACAAAAUCAAAAACCUCCGGGAAGUAAGAGGCCAUCUUAAGAGGACACGACCAGACGAGUGCGACUGCGGAAAGAAGAGCUAUUAUAGCAAAGGAGACAGAAACAAGGCAGAAAGAUUGAAGAGCAGGAAAGAUCAACUCCAUCCAUUUAAGGAGGCUGCACAGGAAAUCGACGGGAAGGCCCAGUUGUACAACGAGAUCCGCAGAAGGAAGAAGGAAAGAAAAGAAAAGAAGCGGCAGAGGAAGGGAGACGACUGUAGCCUGCCUGGCCUCACUUGCUUCACACACAACAAUGACCACUGGCAGACUGCUCCUCUCUGGUCCUUGGGUGGAUUCUGUGCAUGCACCAGCUCCAACAACAACACCUACUGGUGCCUGAGAACCAUCAACGAGACCCACAACACACUGUUCUGCGAGUUCUCCACUGGCUUCCUGGAGUACUUUGACCUCAACAGUGACCCCUACCAGCUGACCAACGCGGUGUAUGCAGUGGAUCGGGAGGUACUGAACUCUCUCCACGCCCAGCUGAUGGAGAUGAGGAGUUGUCAAGGUUUCAAGCAGUGUAACCCUCGCCCAAAAGGCUUGGAUACAGCACACCACCAAUAUGGGACGGACGACAGGGUUAAACUACCCAACUUGACAGACGAGGAGGUGAACUGGCAGGGACUGGAGGAUCUAUAUAGCAUAAACGAAAGCCUUUAUGAAUGUAGGCCUGAGUACAGCCCCAGUCCGGACAACUGGGCCAACUUCCAGAAGGAUGUAGAUAAUAUAUUUGCACUGCUACACGUUUUAAAUAAAUUCAACCAAACCCAUGAGCUUGACGACUCCACCCUGCCAGAGCUGGGCUCCGGGGCCGGGGGUGGAGGCCUUGAAGAAGGCAGCGGAGAAGACUCAGCCUUGGCCGGCGACGUCUGGCUCACAGAGGCUCGCCUCACCACCCCCGCCCCCAGCAAAACGCCACCAGCACCCCCUACACCCAAGCCCACACUGGAACGGAAACUGGGAUCUGUUGUCAAUGACCUCCCUGAGAGGCUUUUAAACAGACCUGGGGUGUCUGUAAUGUCACCGGUGACGGUGUCAUCGUCGGGUCCAGGAAGAGACGGGGUUAUCUUCAGUAGCGACGUGUGGGCGCAGCAGCUGGAGGAGAUGGAAGGAGAUCUGUUUAGCGGGAACGGACUGACGGAGCUGGAGACACGACACGACAACCUGCUGCGAACUCACAACAGCCUGCACGGAGAGGAGACCGGCCCUCAAGGUCUUGGGCUGGGCCUGGACCUCGAAGAAGAGGAGGACAUAUUCCAGGCCCAAGGCUACCUCCCUUUCUCCCCACAGACACUGAGACCCAAGGGGCAGGCCAGCACCACCGGGAGCCCCCCCACCACACAGACUAGCACCCCGCAGAGUGUUGUGGUACUACAGGUGCUGCCUCAGGCGGCGUUGCCCCUCACCUUGGACUACGAGGGCAGCGGCUCUCUGCCUCAACCCUCCAAUCAGACCCUCUAAGGCAGACGCACGCGCUGGCCAGCCAGCCAAUGAGCUGCCGGUCGCCAUAGAGACACAGAGACACAGUGAUUAGGAGAUGAGCUUGCCAAGAGCAAUGGCAAGUGAUGCCACCUCAGUCAGUCAGAGUUGUAUAAUGAGUAUUAAAGUUAUUGUUUAUUUUUUUACAGGUGCCUACAUUUAUUAGUAAACAGUGUUAUGUUUUUUUCUUCAAAUAUAUAUUUAGAAAAGAAAAAGCCUUAAUGCAGCUAAACUUAAGUUUUGGUAUUAAAAAUGAUUUAUUCCAUAUGGAUAACACCAUUGAUGUUUUUAAUAUGUUUUUUAUGAAAAACAAGUGUGAGUGGUGAAACCUUUUCAACAUCUGAACGAGUAGCUAGCAUCAGUCAGCUUUAGGUACGCUCCAGCCUUUAAAGGAUGUAUGGAUCACAGGACGCUCCAUCAGAACACUACCACCUCACCACUGUAUAUAAAGGCAACAUUGGACCCCAAAUGCACUUUUGAACUUUUCCACAUUAUGACCUUCGCCCUCCACUUGUUUGCGGAUAUGAAAGUUGUGUCCAUUGUGAAAUCAGAUUUUAUGAAUACUUUUUAAAACUGGAUUGUCACUCCAGAAAAAGUUACAGAUUCAACAAUGCACAUCUGUUUUCUUAUUUUGCCGCAUGGGAAUAUUUUUAACUUCUUGCCAUUUGUCAUUAAAUAGUGUCAGACAAUUUGGACAAUCACGGUUCACAGUUAAACGGUUAAUAUACUGAAUAAUACAGCCGCAGCAAAACACAUUAUACACUAUUUACGGAUUAGUUACACCACUGUACCAGCUCUGUUUGUUUUGUAGAGUCACUUUUCACAGCGUUUGAUUUGUAACAUGAGUAAAAGUAUCCUGCCUAAUCACAAGCAAAUGCGUACACGAUCACCAGGGGUUUGAAAAUGUUCAUUGUGUAACUUUUGGGGAAAUAUCACCAAUUUAAUCAUGUGGUGUAUGAUGUAGUGCUUUGAUAAUCCAGAGUAUAGUGUCCCACACGGCCAGUGCAUUUAGAAUGUGAACUGUAUAGUCCUUUAAAACUCAGUAUGACAGCACACUCUGUUACAGCUUUGUCUGACGGUAUAGUCAGUGAGACACUCAGAUGUAGCCUGAAGUUAAAUAUUUCAGGGCCAUCGAGGGCAAAAUGUUUAACCUUUCUUCCAGUAGUUCAUCUUUGCUGUUGGUUGUAGUGUUGGUGCUUCUUAAGAGCGACUGAGAUGUUAGAAAACCUGCAAAAACCUGAUGCUGUCCUUUUCUUUCUUGACAGUGUGUGUAGAAGUGUUAGAACAAGUCUGGUUUCAGGAAAGCCAUGAAGCUGAAAUAAACUCUUUCAACCUUC